UGCAGGCAGCACAUGAAACCAUGCUCCUUCCGGUCCGCAGAAAAACCUCUCUCCAUGGAAUUGGUCCCUGGUGCCCAAAAGGUUGGGGGCCUCUGCUCCAAACUAUUCAGCAAAAGAAAACUUUAAAUCAUGCUGAGUAAUCAAAUUAACAGGUUCCUGUAGGACUGGAAAGCUGCCAUAGAUAUGAAGUUACCAAGCAGCAGCAGCUUCAUAACAGCUUAUAUUUACAGUAUUUUGAUAAACUGGCCGGGUCUUUCUCUGCUGGUAAUUGCUUCUGAAUAAAUUAUCCUUACUCAAUGGCUUUCAGGUAAAUAAGUGGUUUAUGUCUGUUAUUUGGAAAAGAGGAUAGGCAGUACAUAAUGAUUAAAGUAGUGAAUAUUUAUUGAACAGAACUGGAGAAACAAGAAAGUGUAAUAAUGCAUCAUCAACUGUCUUUUACCCCAAAUAACAGUUUAUUUAACAAAUGUUGUUAAAUAAAUGGCUUUAUAAUGUUGUCCCCAACAUAUACUAGCAGUCUCCUCAUGCAGAGAUUCAAGCAAGUAGUUUAUAGUUAUAUAGUAAUUCACAGUCUAUGUAACAUUCAUGAAUUAAACAUAUGCAUGGAGAGUUUUCUUCGGGAAAUUGGUGUCUGCCAGUCUGGUGCCUUACAGUAUUAUUUAUUUUCCAUUAUAUUUAUUAGAUAAUUCAAAACAUUCAAAAGUCCUACUGCAGUCCCCCAAUGCAGACAUCUUUUAGGUAUCCUGUUAGAUAAAAAAAUAAAUGCAUAACCUGAAGAAAUAAUGUGAAAAUAUUAGAACAGAGAUAUUUUAUUUGCCGUAUUAUGAAUGUGAAAUCAUAACUACUAUGCUUUGUGCUAUCUGUAAGAAUAUUUUAUACCAUAUUUACAAGAAAGAGUAAUCAAUUGUCUUUCAAAUGGGAUAAUUGUCAAUGAGAACACAGGAAUAGAAAAGAACAAAUCAUAUUCUGGGAGGUUUUUUGCAGUUGUAUAAAACAAUGUACAAAAUUCAGGAUUGCUUUCCUUGUGAAAAAUUAAUUUCUUGCUUUAGAAUUUUAUCCUGCAAAAAUGUUACAACAUAAUUUAUCUUUUCCCAGGACAAACUGUCAACUCGUAACACAUGAACAGCAAACACUGUAAUAACACAAUGCUUUUGAUAACAGUAGACAGAACAAGGAGAAACUGAAGAGCUAUUUCUCAAAAAAGCUUUUGAGGCUGGGAUGACAAGAAGCCAUUGAUUCACUUUUUGUAGAGGCCAGUACAGAUAGUCCCAUCAUUAAGGUUGUGCGAUCUACUUAAUCAAAAGGGGCUCUCUUAGGAAGUGUAAUUAGCAUUUGAAGUAUAAUUUGCUAUUUAAUGAAUACUCCUUUUCAUCUGCAAUUACUCAGAGCAAUACAAGAUUCCCUUGGGCCCUCACCUUUUAUCACUAAAGAGAUCAAAUACUGUUCACCCAACUUUAUUUUGUGGAGGCCUUUUUUCUUAUGCAAAUAUAUACAUCAUCAGAUAGCUAGGCGCUGUAGCACAAACUGUACUCUGGAUUACUCUGCUGAAGGCCUAAAAUGGGGAUAUUUGUGUCCCUAAAAGUUGCUUACAUAUUAUAAAAGUUUGUCAUAUUUCUUUUCCUCACUAGUUGUACUACAGUAGUACCUUAAAAUGGAUGACAGUCAUCUCAAGGAAAUACUAUAGUAUUUGGUACUUUGAAAUUAAGAAUAGAUAGGAAUUCAUUAUGGAAACAACUUAAUCAAUCAUUCAAAACAUAAAUGAUUAAUGACUAGGCUACUAGUUUUUUUUAAAAGUAAUGGUUUUACUUUAUGUGGUGGAGAAAAGUGUUCCAUAUUCCUUAACAUUUUCUUGAGAAGCUGGAGAAAGGGGGGGUUCUGCUAGCAUCAAAACUCACAACAUGAUGUGGAAAAUGAUACAUGAUUAGUAAAAUUGUGCCUCUAGUCCAAUCAUCAAAAUGAAAAAUGAUGCUUUCUUUUUUAAAAGAACAUUAGGAAAGUGAAGUUAAAUUCAUGAAUUGAAAAUUGAAAUUAAUUUCUUGUAACAUAAAAUAAAUGAUUUUUAUCUUUUAUCUAUCUAAUCUACUUUUUCCAUGUGGAGCAAUAAAGACUGAAAAGCAGAGGCUCCAUUUACAAGAUGGCAUAUAUAAAGCAAAGGCACUUGAUACAUACGCAGAAGUGAAUUCCUGAGAUUUUCAGCAUUAUAGAAAAGCAAGUUCUUUUACUAGUAUUUACAUAUCUUUGGGAGAAUGAUGAUGCUGGUUUUUCUACUCUGGGUCAUUUUGGCUCGAGGCUUUGCAGUUCCUUGCAGUCCAAAUAAAGCAGAUGUAAUUUUGGUAUAUUGUUAUCCUAAAACAAUUAUUACAAAAAUCCCAGAAUGUCCCUAUGGAUGGGAAGUUAAUCAACUGGCACUCGGAGGGAUUUGCUAUAAUGGGAUUCACGAUGCAGGAUACUAUCAAUUUAUCAUCCCAGAUUUGUCACCCCAAAACAAAUCAUACUGUGGAACACAAUCAGAUUUUAAAAACCCUGUCUAUCAUUUCUACAACUCUAUCACUUCCAAUGAUAGCACUGUCAUUGUGAAAAGCCAGCCUGUCAACUAUUCUUUUACCUGCACCUAUCAGGCAAACUAUCUGGUGAACCAUGCUGCCUUUGACCAAAGAGUGGCAACUGUUCAUGUGAAGAAUGGCAGUGCCGGUUCCUUUGAAAGCCAGUUGUCUUUAAACUUCUAUUCCAAUGCCAAGUUUUCAAACAAGAAGGAAGCCCCUUUCAUUGUUGAUACAUCAGAAAUUGGCUCUGAUGUAUUUGCUGGAGUGGAAGCCAAAGGCUUAAGUCAUAGAUUUAAAGUAGUGUUGAGCAAUUGCUGGACAACCCCUUCCUCAGAAUAUUUCUACCAAAUCCAGUGGCCUCUGAUAACUAAGGGGUGUGCAACAGAUGACUCCAUUUUAGUACAUGAAAAUGGCAAAAACAAUCGAGCCACUUUCCAAUUUAAUGCAUUUCGGUUCCAGAAUAUUCCCAAACUUUCCAAAGUAUGGCUACAUUGUGAAACAUAUGUGUGUGAUAGUGAAAAAUUCUUCUGCCCUGUGGCAUGUGCAAAACGAAGAGAACAUAUGGAGCAAACAGGUGGAGUUUUAAUUGCAGAAUUCAUUGUAAACAGCAAAGGAUUAUCCAGGCAUUACACAUUAUCAGUUAUUUCCCAUUUAUUCCUGCUACUUGGAAUUUGUGUAGUUUUAAUAUAAUAUCUGAUCCAACUUGAACUGUUAAUUAUACUGUGGUUCUCUGUUGCCUACUUCAAAAUUUUGCAUAAAAAUAAUUCUGUGUGAUCUAAGAAUAGUGAUUUGUGUUCAAUUAUAAUAUAAUAUAAAUUUCUUGUUUUCUGAGCAAGAGAAUAAAGAUAUUUAAUAUCAUUUACAACUAUUUUUUCAAAUGUUAGUCCAAAGAAAAGGCAGCCUUUUAUUUAAUUUGUGAACCAAGCAUCUAUCUCUUGAAUAUUGUGACUAUCAAGAAAACUACAUUGCAGAAAUAAGCUAGUUAUUGCUAGUACAGUUUCUUAAAGAAUACAAUAAAAAAAUAAUUGAAUUAGCAGACUAAUGCCUAGAAUAUAGCUGUUCUUACCUCAAAGUACUUUGUAAUUUUCAAGAUAAAUGGAUGUAUACCAGUUUUGUUCUAUAAUUAGAUCUUAUCUAAUUAGAUCUUAUGUUAGAGAAGCCUUGUGUACAACCAAGACCACAGCCCAUUAUUGUGUAAAGUAUAUUUGUAUUAAGGACUAGAUUCACAUAUCUUAUUAAGCCAUAAACCAUGGUUUCUGGACCAUAAUUACUAGUUUCAUACAACAAAUGUAAAGACACCGUUCCUAUCUACCUUCAGAUUAAUGGAGCCAUGAUGCCCAUAGAAGCUUCAUAGAAAAUACUCAAUGUUUGUCUUCCUGAGUGUACCAGUAAUAUAAUUUGAAUAGUAUAUAACAUUUAGUGAAUAAGUAGGUCUUCUGUUCCAAGCUGCAUUUCAUUUUAGGACCACCAUUAUCAGCUUUUAGAAAUGAUCACCUAAGUAAAUCAUUGAAGUUUAAUAUUUAAAGUUGAAUAAAAGCUUGCAAUGCCUAGAAUAUUCCUUAUCCUUUUUACUCAGUGAGCACUUUAUUGGGCUGUAACUAAUGCAUUGAAAGAUAUACAUUAAAUCUAUUUAUUAAAACUUGAUAUAUACAUAUAUUUGAGAACAUAAAAAGGAAAUAAUUAAACAGUCCAUUAUAAACUUAUUAUUUUCAAUAUAAUUUUUCUGAACCAAUAUACAAACUACAAUAUAAACUUUUUUUAACAUGGACAAAUGAAAAUAAAAAGAAUAAAAACCAUCAUUUUGAUUCAUGUUCUUUAUCCACAUUUAAUAAUUGUAUUAGACAAAUGAAUAUGUCAUUUUUAAAAUCAAUCAUAGAUUACAAAAUGAACUGGCUGAUAUAGUUUGUUAAAAUACUAGAGCCACAACACCUGAAACAAUUUAUAUUCUUAUGGCAAUAUAACAUGAAGAAUGAAAUUUGAAUAAAGGCAGGAGGAACAAUAUAAAUUUCAUUUAAUCAAAUGGAUCUUCAACAUUACUGUAUGUAAUAUAGUGAAAUGACCAUGCUUUUCUUUAAACAAAACUUCAAUGAGAUAUUUUUAAAAGAAUUCAGGAAGACUAUUUAGAUUUUUUUUUUUUU